UAUCUAUUUUGAUUUUAAAUAUAUCUUGGCGAAAAUUAGCAGCGUGUCUCCUAAUUCGCAACAAUUAAAUAAAGAGAUGAUAUGUAAUGAUUUAAAGCUGAAUUUUCUCCUACUCUUUUCACAGAUCUUUUAUUCAAGAAAGCAAUCCAUUGUGACUUGUAUUAUAUCCAACGUUGGAAAUAUGGAGGAUAAUUCUCGAUACCAUACGUUGUGACAUCAUCAAUGACACUUACAAAAAGUAUGAUAUAUAUAUACAUAAAUAUAUAUACGAUGUAGUACCUGUCGAAGACCAAGUACCAAGCAAGCCUUCGAUGAACGAUUUUAAUUAAUUACCAUGUCGUACAGGACAGCGACGAAUUUAGUAGUAGUAAGUCUUAUUUCUUAAUCAGCGCCUCGGCAAACGUUCCACUUGCCCGAUAAUCAAACGUACAUGAAAACAUAAACAAUUUUAUCAAUUCUGAUCCUUGACAGUUGGCGUGGCCGCGCGUCGUUCGCCCGUACUUUACGUGCGCAAGCCUGGCCAGAAAAUCGAUAAGCCUGGAAAGCGCUUAUAGACACCGAGUGAGAGCUGCCGUAGGCCCCGCGUGAGUCGCCACCAAGUUGGUGAGUGCGCAUACGACAACGGCGACGAUCGACGUCGAGCAGAACGACCGCAGGCAUUCUUAAUGUGAAACGCGAACCUCAAUUUUGUUUACCGUGUUCUUGUGCACGAACAACCCCCCAAGGAGCGGACCGAGGUGGCCAGCAGGUGGUCAGGGAAAGUUAUGAGGCCCUGUUUCAUACCUGUCGUCGUCGUCCUGCUCCUGAUUGAGGCACUCGACCGUAGCGACAGUAUCUCCCACAAUAUAGUGAAAGGAUGGGCGGACAAGCUAGGCUUCGAACUCUCGCAGUUGGGCAAAUUGGUGACGAACGUGGACAAAUUCGAGGACAGCUACAAGUCGGCGGAUGUCGCGCCACGAGACGGAAAUGCUCUUGUCCAGGAGAUCGCGAAAGACAUCAAGGCUAUGAUGGAGUCCAAGAUCUCGGCUAUCAAGAGGAUAAUGGACGUGGCUGAAACGUCGGCGUUAUCGUCCCCCGACAUGGACCCGCCGGAAAACUUCGAGUUCAUCGAUGCGAAGAACAACACGAUUGAUCUCGAGUACAGUCCUCACUUCGGCGGUAACGUGAAUCUCAAUAUGUCGGCGGUGCAUGUGCCCACGAACGUGUACGAUCGCGCUUCGAGUGUCAUCCGGGCGAUUAAGUGGUCUGAGGCGCUCGAUCGUACUUUUAUCAACAAUUAUGAACAGGACCCGUCGUUGUCCUGGCAGUACUUCGGCAGCGCGACCGGUUUCAUGCGCCAAUAUCCUGCUAUGAGUUGGUACAUGGACCCGGUGGAUCUAUUCGAUUGCAGAACGAGAAGUUGGUACAUCGAAGCGGCUACCAGUCCGAAAGAUAUUCUCAUCCUGAUGGACACGUCCGGUAGCAUGACUGGCAUACGGCGGGAGAUCGCCAAGCAUGUGAUAAACAAUAUUCUUGACACUCUCGGUAACAAUGAUUUUGUCAACAUCAUCACAUUCUCCAACGUGACUAGAGAGGUAGUGUCGUGCUUCAAUGACACCCUGGUCCAAGCGAAUCUGGCGAACAUACGCGAGUUGAAGCGAGCCAUUUCGGAUCUAAAUACAGAGAUGAUCGCCAAUUUCUCUCUGGCCUUGACGACCGCUUUUGAGUUGCUCGAAGCAUUUCGGACUCAGCGGGGGGAAGGUGCUCAAUGCAAUCAGGCAAUCAUGUUGAUCACCGACGGCGUACCAUACAACUAUAAGGAGAUCUUUGAGGCGUAUAACUGGAAAGAUAAUCCAACUUAUCCGUUGAAGGCCGAUAUGCCCGUUAGAGUAUUCACCUAUCUGAUCGGUCGGGAGGUUGCAGAUGUCCGGGAAGUGCAGUGGAUGGCUUGCGCCAAUAGAGGAUUUUAUGUACAUUUAUGCACCCCGGCGGAAGUCAGAGAAGAAGUAUUAAAGUAUGUGCCGGUAAUGGCGAGGCCUUUGGUGUUGGGCCGCACAGAUCAUCCAACCAUCUGGACGCCUGUCUACGCCGACGUGACGGAUCCGAAAAUGACCGAUUGGUUGUGGGAGCAGCGCGAAAGUGAGGAGCAGAAGGAGCGUUUUUUGCUCUACCACAGGAACAAGAAGUAUUUCAACAUGGAGGAACAGGAUCGGCGAUUCGUGAAGAAGCAGAAGCGGCGCCACGACCAGACCAGCGGGCUGCAGGAAUACAAACUAAUGACCUCGGUCAGCAUGCCAGUGUUUGAUCGACGUGAGAACGCGAACAUCACAAGGCAGGUGCUGGUGAACGAAGCAUACUGGGUGACAGAAACAAGAGAGACGAUGAUUGCCAAUCUCCUUGGUGUUGCUGGCACGGACGUACCGAUCGAAGAAAUCCAGAAAUUGAUGAUUCCACACAUGCUCGGUGUCAACGGUUAUGCCUUUAUCGUGACCAACAAUGGUUUCAUUCUGAUUCAUCCAGAUCUUCGACCAGUGUUUCAGGGUAUCUUAAAACCGGCAUAUAAUAGCGUCGAUAUGGCGGAGGUUGAGCUAGUGGAUCACGACAGGGGUCCCAGAGAAUUCGACGAAGGACUCAUCCUGUUUCGCAACGAUGUGGUGAAUCAGACGAAUGGUAGCGUGACGUUUUACACAAAGUAUCAUUACGAUGAUAUGAGACGUGUCGGCAGAGUGAAGAGAAAAUACGAUUACAUUGGAAUAUGGGACACUCCAUUCACAGUCGUGGUCAGUUUGCCCGAUCACGAUCAUUCUGGAAAUUACCGCGUGCACGCUAUCGAGGAGAUACAUCGAUCUCACGCUAAAGGGAAAAACGUGACAGAUUACUUUGCGGGUAGUAACUGGCGGGUGCACCCCCAUUGGAUGUAUUGCAAGUAUCACUACGAGGGUGAACACAGGUUCAAUACCUCGGAGUUGCAGCUCCUGCAUUUUCUGGAGCGUACCCGCCUACCAGGCUGGAAGUGGAUCGACUUGAAGCAACGAUCCCAACCGCCGGAAUACUCCGCUGCGAGUUCCAGCCAUAGUUCUCAUCCUAAUCCCUACAAGGCCGACAAGAACUCGUACUACUGCGACAGGAAUCUGCUGCUCAGUCUGGUAUACGAUGCUAAGGCAACUGAGUGGUUCGCCCAGCAAAUCCCACCGAAUCCCAGCACCAAGGAUCCAACAGAACCUUUAGCUAGGCUGAUGAAUCAGAUGACCAGGCAGCAGUUCAAACAACGUUUCGGAGUGGUCUUGGCGUUUAUGGCCACACAUAGCGGACUGACCAGGUGGCAAGAUAUUCUGCCAGUAGAUGAGGGUACACUGCCGGAGGAUCAUUUCAGUAAGCUGUAUCCUCGUGCUAUCGACGAAGUAUGGUAUAAACGAGCGGUCGAGCAGUACUACGUUGAUCCGGACAGUUUCGUUUUUUCCGUGCCGAUCGAAGAUGAAGGUGCCGACAAUACCACUCUAGUCACUGCCAGUCGUGCUGUAUUUAUCAAAAAGAAAGCGCCAGCCGUGGUGGUCGGCUUCCAGUUCCAGCACACUGCCUUGCAAGCGCUUCUCCAAAAUAUAACAUUUAAUUGCGAAGGUAAUUGCGAUGGUAAUAAGCAUUGCGGUAAUGCCUGGGCAUGUUAUCUCAUUGACAAUAACGGCUACAUAAUCGCUGCCGGGGAUGACGCAAGGAACGCCGGUAGAUUUUUCGGCGAUGUCAGGGGUCCGAUAAUGAGCAGCUUAGUAAAGGACGGUGUUUUUGAGAGGAUAAGGAUCUUUGAUUAUCAAGCGGUGUGCUUCAAGAGUUCGCAAACCAACAACGCCGGCAACAUUCUUCUUACCCCAUGGAAGCAUUUCCAGACAGCAUUGUCAUGGAUGAUCGGUCAAGCUGCUUGGGUUUGGGCAAAGACAGGCAUAAUGGAAUCCGAUGAUGCUGAAGCGUAUAACUAUGUUAGCGACGAUGAAUCGGCCAUUCAUGAGGAUGAUCAUGAAAGCGAAGAAAAAUUGCCGAUCGAGCAAAAGGACGAGAGAAACUUUGACCAAAACGUUCUGAUCAAUCGUACACAUCCGGAAGUGUGUGAUCAAGAGGUAUACUUGUAUCUACGCAACGCCUCAUUUAAUUCAUACGAUAAAGACGUAAAUGAAAAUUGCGAGCAGGGAUUGUAUAUGGUGCAGCCGGUAACUAAUACCAGCAUGCUGCUGGUGGUAGUAAACGCUAUGUGUGGUGAUGAUACGACAUCGCCGGUACUGAACGUCAAGCCAGAGGAGGUGAUCUACGAGAAUAACACGUUGGUCUGCCAGAAAGCGCUUACCGGCCUUAAGCGUAAGCGACCGCAGUCCUGUAUACGCAUGCAUUCUCGCGAGAGUGAGAUUAAAGAUCAGUGCGGCUUGGCAGCAAACACCAAGUCGAACCUGCUCCUCUUGAUAUUGUUGCUGAUGUGCGCGCUGGCUGAAAGAAGUACUUUCCUCCUCGGCUAAUUUCGUGGCGAGCUGAUUUCGUAGCUAACAGUUUGUGUCAAUCUAAGCAAUGAAAUUCGCGGCAUGCCGCGAAUUGAACGGACUUUCGCCUGACGGAACGUAUGUGGAUAUUUGUACAUCCAGUUGUCUCGUCCGAUGACCAGGAUUGCUACAUAGCGCAUAUUUGAACGAUUUUCCGUCUAAUUAUUUCUUGAUUUCUCUAAUCAAUGUGCUAAUUGUUAUUUCCUAUGCGAGUUAGAUAUCAUAUAAUUAUGUUUGAUUUGAAAAUAGGGGAAACUCUGAGUAAGUAGAUAAUUUGGUAAGAGAGAAAUAAUGAAAGUAAACUAACUCUUUUUCUCUUUUUUUCAAAAUAAUUUUUAUAGGUAUUAAUUACAUUUGUUGAUUUUCUCCAAGCGUAUAUCAUUCUUAAUCAUGAGCUCUGAGAUCUUGUGUGCUCUCUACCUCUCGUUACUGCAAUCUCAUUAAUGCAGAUGCAAUGGAGUUGUUCUAGACGAAUUUAAUGUGCUAUCCGAUCCUGCCCGGUACACCCAGUUUCUACGCGAUCAAUCAAAUACGGCGAACGCAAUCGAUAUCAAAAUGUGUACUAAAAUACAAAGUUGUCCUCCAUCAUCAUCGAUCGCCAAGACAGAUUAGAUAAUCAGAAUUAAAUGCGUUUAGCGUAGAAUUGUCCGCUAACACAUUUACGAUCAUGAAAUAGAGAAGCAAGUGCGAUUCGGUGAGUGAUUUUUGAGUUUAAAAGAUUGACAGGAGUCUGUCAAAUUAGAUGUUUAAUUUCGGACAAAUUCCUGUCAAUUCCUUUUAAUCUCUAUCCAUCUUUUUUUUAACACUGCACUUGAAUCGAAGAUGAGCCAAUGGAUCCUUCAGCAGGCAAAAUGAGAAAUAAAACGUAUAUUGGGCAUCUUCCUAAAGUUACAUACGUUUGCGACGUAUUAUUUAAGUAAUAAUUUAAGUAACAAUGAUACAAUGAUGAUAGAUAUCUGGAUAUAACUGUCUCAAAUAACUGUCUGGAGGCAUUUCUAGCACCAAGUACAUAACGUUAACAGUCGAGCCUUUUUUUAAUGUUUUUUUGCAUACAUCCAGUAUUGUAAGAAGAAUUUCGUCUUUUUUGACAAUCGAAAUUCAAAUUUUCUUUUGCUAAACAUCAGAACACGUUCCAAGAAUCGGUAAAACAAAGUGUCUCAAUCGACUUUGAUAUUUUCAUCACACAUAGAUAGGACAAUUGAAUGGUAGCUCCAGGCGGGGGAGCUCCAGGUAUUUCUAGGAUCGAUCUAGACAGUUUAAAUGCUAAUUCGUUGAAACGUAGAUUUUUCUAGUUGUCGGAGCAGGGUCGCGUACUCACACAUGUGCAUGUUCACAAAUACACUACGAUACAUUCGCAUACGCGCUUUGUACAUUAUAAACCGACGGCGACGCAGGACGGCGACGCGUCGCUCGACAUCUACGGAAGAUUACGAAACGUUAAUUUUGUAUAUCGCUGUAUUAUACUGAGAUGUGUAUGUAUGUGCGUGUGUAUGUGUGUGUAAAAAAAGUGUGUGCCUUUGGACACGCGGUUAAGAUAAAGAGAAAAAGAAAAAAAAGAGGAAUACGAGAUCUUGUUGUAUGUUUAUCGAAUAAAUCACCGAACGUUCUAUAUAUUACCGCUGAACUCCGGCUCGUGGAUAGUGGCCUCGUCGCGGGAACGAGUUCCGUUCAGAGAACGGGAGAUGUUGUUUGUAUUACAUAGAGUUUAUUACAAUUUGCUAUGUACAACGGCUUGCCUAUGUAAAACGAGGACGUUUUCGUAUCAAAAUGACAACUUUUCAAAAGAA